CCGUUAGUUUCUAUUGUUUUUAUAUGAAACACUUGCAUCCAUUUUAAAUAAAUGGAUGCUUGCAUAAGUAGUGAUGCAGUGCAGCCCGUAUGAGACAAUUUUCGUGUAAAUAUACUUUUCCACGAAAAACUUGUACAUAUAUCUUUUCAAAGUUCAUAUAUUAAACGCUCACACAAAUGGACAUUCCAUGUAACAUAUGUUUUUUGGCUUUCUUUUUCUCAGACGAUCAUUUGUGUAAAUUUCCCCAAGGUAAAUCAUGGAGCUCCGUUUUAAUGAAAAUGGGGAAAUGGGUUUAGAAACUAGGGCUUCAGUGAGAGAGAUCAAGGGAAUUUCGAUAUAAAUCGUGUCAAGUUUUAACAGUGUCAAGUCUUAAAGAUCGGGAUCAGUUCAAAAUUUAGGGUUUGAGACCAGUAGUAGAUAUGGGAAAUGGAGAUGAAAGGAAGAAGAAGAAGAAGAAAGAGAGUUAUGGAAGCCCUAAAAAUCCAGAUUCCUUGAAGCACACCUUGAUUAAAGAGAGCAGCUAUAAAAAUCAGAGUUGUUUGUCACGGGAACCAUCACAUGGUUCAAAUGGUUUGGUAAGAGAUGCUUUGCAAGGACAUCCAAAUCAAAGUGCAAUUUGCUCAGGUGAAACAGUGGCCAUGAAGGGACAGGGGGAACCAAAGCCACCUCAACCUUCAGCAUAUGUAAUUCAUGGGGUUGGUUCCAAUGAAUCCAUUGACUCUGAUUUAAGCAUGUCCUUUCAUUGUUUGGAUAAUGAUCUCUGCUCUUUAAGUGAGAGGGUGACCGCUCUGAAGUCCACUAUUAGCAGCGAGAGGCAUGAAGUCGAUUUGGAAACAACACAGGAGACAAGGAAAACAAAGAGGAAAGUCGCCAUUGCUGCAUCAUCAGAAUGGGCUGCAACGAAUGACAAUGCUUUUGCUUCUAUGGUAGAGGAUGCUAAAAUGUUUGAUGUGGCCUUGGAUGGUAUGGCUAUGAGGGUUACAAUGAGGGCCUCGGAGAAGAAUGCAGCCUUGGAUGAAGCUCUAGACCAAAUUGCCUCUUUGCGCCAAAGUUUAGAGGAGGCCAACCAUCAAAUAGAGGCGGAGCACACAAAUGCAUUAACGGCAGAAGCUGAGGUUAAGGAGCUACGCCUUCAACUAGAGGUGGCAACAGCCGAGGCCUUGAGGGCACAAGCCGAGCCUAAUGGGGCUACUAGUAAGAUAGAUGAGCCAAAGGGCCAGCCCUCUAAGGAACACUGCGAGGUUAAAGAGGCAAACCUUAGGACACCAGAGGCUUUGAGAGCGCAAGCGGAGGUUAAGAAGGCAUUACGCAAGAUUGGGGCAGCACAAGCUGAGGCUUCAAUGGCAUUGAAGGAGGCCUCAAGGGCAAGAAAGGAGGCCAAGGAGGCAUGUCAUAAGAGAGAGGAGGCACGAAUAGAGGCCUCAAGGGCUGAGGCAGCAGUUAAAGAGAUGCGAUAUCAGCUAUUGGGAGCACAAGCUGAGGCUUUGAGGGCACAAGCUGAGGUUAAGGCAUUGCAGAGUCAGUCAGAGGCGACACAAGCAGAGGUGUUGAGGGCACAGGCAGAGGCUAAGGAUGCAUACUCUCAGAAACAGGCGGCACAAGCUGAGGUGUUAGCUAUGAAAGCUACAGAUAGUACGAACCAGAGACAGCUGGAAUUUGCUAGGAACCGCAUAAUCCGACUUGAAGCAGAGAAGAACGCGUUACAAUAUGAACUCAAGCAUCAAAAACUUAGUCCACAAACGCUAGGCCGGCCUUCUUUCAAGAACUCUACACAGUUGGCCAAAGGAGAACUCGGACAUGAAGGGAUCACAUCUGUCUAUGGUGACCUGAAGGCUCCAUCACUUGUCCAAGCUCCCUUAAGUGGCCACCAAGGGACUGGAUCUUCCACUAGUGGACUACAUGGCUCGGCCUUGCAGCCCAAGGAUCAAGCAAUGCAAGGCAUAAACCGUACAGGAGGACCAUAUGGCUCAUCCACCUCGUCUGGGGAUCAAGGAGAGAAGAAAAAGAUCAUUCGUAUCGAUGAAUCCACUAAAGCCCUAUCAUUAUGGAAGCUUGAUCGGCGACAAGUAGAGCUGAUCAGAAAGACUGGCUUGGGCUCAUUGAUGGAUAUUGGGGUCUUCAAUGUCGAUUGCAAGCUGUUGAUGGCCUUCAUAAAGACAUGGUGUACACAGACAAAUACUGCUCACCUAAACAUUGGGGAGAUGGGUCCAACUUUAUAUGAUGUAUGGAGGAUUUUACAUAUACCUGUGACAGGUGAGCCUGUAACAGGUAUCAGGCCUGAAAAUUAUAGGGAUUUCAUUAAAGGGUAUCUGGGUGAUUGCCCCACAGAGAAAAAAUUGAUGAGGAUUAAGCAUACUUGGUUGAGGAAGAGGUUUGGGCAAUUACCUAAAGGGUAUAGCAAAUUGCAAUUGGUGCAAUACACACGUGCCUAUCUCCUUUAUUUGGUUGGCACAACUAUAUUUGCCGACUCAUCUAAAGGAACAACUCUUGCAAUUUACCUCCAGUUGUUUCACGACUUCGAUACAGCAGGGAAGUACGCAUGGGGUGCCGCAGCCCUUGCUUUCUUAUAUCGGUCUUUAUCUAAAGUUGUGGAUGGGGAGACGGUGCAUUUUAGUGGGUCAGCAACCUUGCUUCAGUGUUGGAUCUAUGAGCACUUUAUAGCUCUACACCCCAAGCCGAUACAAAUGAAUUCGAGAAUGGCUAGAGCUUGCGCGUGGGUUAAACAACCGCGCCAGAAAGACCCAUACAAAGUGUUUGAAAACCUCACAGUUAUACUGGUGAAUUGGGAACCAUAUGAGGAGUCCCAAGAAGAGGACUACAAAACAUUAAACGAAAUCAAUAAGGAAACCGCAUUGUGCCGAUCAUUCCUAAUAAGUUUCAAUAUAGCAGAGUAUUACAUGCCCGAUCGCAUGCUUCGGCAAUUUGGGAAGGCACAAGGGAUUCCUGCUGAACCUUUGAAGUGGGAUAGGAGGGAAAAGGUUGGCGUGCACCCCACAAGUUGGAAGGAUGAGUUGAGCGUGGAGAUUAGGGAUUGGCACGAAAGACAACACAAUAUUAUUGAAGCUGUCAUCGAUAUAAAUGGGGGGUUGCCUACAAAAGAGUAUAUGGCAUGGUACAAUCGUUUUACACCCUAGUAUAUCAAUAACCCCACCUGCUCCCAAUCGCGAUCGCGAUCACCUAGACAAUGCCCUAGAGGUGAUGAUCACGACAAAAGAUGGGUAAAUUAUUUGGUUAUGGAUUUCAUUACACGUUUAAGUUCUAUUAUGUAUUCAAUCAAAUUUUCCCAAUCUCGUUUGUCUUGUAAUUAUAUAAGUAUUGAUGUAAUUGCAACAACAUACCUGUAUAGAGAUGCUAGAAGCUGCAUUUCAAGAUGAAGUUCUAGCAGGGGAUUCCAAGCGUUAUGUAGUUGUGACCUGUGAAUUAUUACUAAAGAACACAGCGGUAGAGACAUGUGUAGAGGAAACAACGAGAUCUGGGGAUGGAGUAGAGGAGAGUGAAAGCGAAGAGGAUGGUGAUGAGCAAAAUGGAGGAAAGGAGAGUGAAGUUGAGGAGAACGAUGAGAGGAGAACAAAGAUAAGAGAAGACCGGUAUUAGGUCCACCGUCUUGCUAUGCAUGAGGAACCGAGAUGGAAUUUUCGGCCAAGAAGUGGGGGACAUAUAAUGGCCCCCCGGACCGGUCAGGAGGGAGAGCCUGCUCGUGAACCCAUUGUGAAGGGGAAUGGUGUACUUAGUUGGCCAAGAAAUUUAUGCGGUGGAGGAACUGAAGAAGAACAUCUUGUAUAGUUAUGGGUCUCUUAUAGAUUUGGAACUUGAUGUCUCUGUAGUUGGAUAUGUACUUUGUAGCAAUUUGACUAUGUCAAACUUCUAGAAUGAAAAAAGAUCUGUAUUUUGAUUUAUUUUAUGUAGUUUGAUGGAAAAUUUGGUGUUCUUGCUCAAAUUGCAUAAAUGUUAUGAAAUUGAG